CAGCUGAGGCUUAUUUACACUUCUGGGCGUUAUUUACAAUAUUUUAUAUAUUUUUAUAUGAUUCAAUAUGAUUUUGGUGAAGAAUUGAUCGUGUUUAUGAAUCCUGAGCCUCAGACAUCAUGAUCUUGUCCCGAGUGAAGCCGGCACUCAGUGGUGAAAACUCUCUGAGCUCCAGUGAGAAGAAAAGGAAGAAUAAGAGUAAAAAGGUUCCUCAGGUAGAAGAUUACCUGAACCAGAGAGAUUACCUGGGAGCCAUUACGCUGCUGGAGUUCCAGAGGAAUGGAGGAACAGCUGAGGAGAACACAGACCUCUGGAUCGGCUAUUGUGCCUUCCACUUAGGAGACCACAAGAGAGCAAUGGAGGAAUAUAAAGCCCUGACCCUGAGCCCUGACUGUCCCCCUGAUGUCUGGGUGUUUCUGGGCUGCUCUCUCUUUUUCCUCGGCCUUUAUAAAGAAGCAGAAGACACUGCACUCAGAGGACCAAAGAGUCAGCUACAGAACCGACUACUCUUCCACUUAGCGCAUAAGUUCAGUGAUGAGAAGAAGUUGAUGGGUUUCCACCAGAACCUGGAGGACGUGACGGAGGACCAGCUGAGCCUCGCCUCCAUCCACUACAUGAGAUCACACUAUCAGGAGGCCAUCGACAUCUACAAACGCAUUUUACUACAGAACAGAGAGUUCCUGGCCCUGAACGUGUAUGUAGCUCUGUGUUACUAUAAACUGGAUUAUUACGACGUGUCUCAGGAGGUUCUGGCCGUUUAUCUACAGAGUGUUCCUGAUUCCACCAUCGCACUCAACCUCAAAGCCUGCAAUCACUUCAGACUGUACAACGGCAAAGCUGCUGAGGCUGAGCUGAAGAACCUGAUGGACAUCUCCUCCAGCUCGUUUGAGUUCGCUAAAGAGCUGAUCCGACACAACCUGGUGGUGUUCCGCGGAGGUGAGGGAGCUCUGCAGGUUCUUCCUCCCCUCAUCGAUGUCAUCACUGAGGCUCGACUCAACCUCGUCAUCUACUACCUUAGACAGGAUGAUGUCCAGGAAGCGUAUAAUCUGAUUAAAGACCUGGAGCCCACGACCCCUCAGGAGUACAUCCUUAAAGGAGUGGUGAACGCAGCACUUGGACAGGAAAUUGGAUCUAGGGAUCAUUUGAAGAUUGCACAGCAGUUUUUCCAGCUGGUUGGAGGUUCAGCGAGUGAAUGCGACACUAUCCCAGGCCGACAGUGUAUGGCUUCUUGCUUCUUCCUGCUGAAACAGUUUGAGGAUGUGCUGAUCUAUCUCAACUCAGUAAAGAGUUAUUUCUACACCGACGACACCUUUAACUUCAACUAUGCUCAGGCCAAAGCUGCUUUAGGGAACUAUAAAGAGGCCGAAGAGGUGUUCCUGCUCAUCCAGAGUGAGAAGAUCAGGAAUGAUUAUGUGUAUCUGAGCUGGCUCGCCCGCUGCUACAUUAUGAAUCAGAAAGCUCGUCUGGCGUGGGAGCUUUACCUCAAAAUGGAGACUUCAGCAGAUUCCUUCAGCCUCCUGCAGCUCAUCGCUAACGACUGCUACAAGAUGGGACAGUUUUACUAUGCGGCAAAGGCAUUUGAUGUUCUGGAGCGUCUGGAUCCAAAUCCAGAAUACUGGGAGGGAAAGCGUGGAGCCUGUGUGGGAAUCUUCCAGCUCAUCCUUGCAGGACGAGAACCGAGAGAGAGUCUGAAGGAGGUUCUGCCCAUGUUGCGCAGCACGGGGAAUCCACAAGUAGAGUACAUCAUCCGCAUCAUGAAGAAAUGGGCCAAAGACAAUCGAGUUGCUCUGUGACACAUCAUUCAUCAUCUACGGUGUCACUGUGUGGAGCGUAAACUCAUUAUUCUCUUUUAAAAGUCAUUUAAAGGUUCUGACUGCAAAGUUGAAUUCUGGGUAAAAUGUUUAUUUCUGUUGCUGUUGGAGUUUUGAGAUGUUGCGCUGCUGCACACACCGUGUAUCCUGUGUGUAAAUGUUUUGCCGAGAUAAAAAGUGUCCCGCAUUUUAUGAUUCCGGAGAUUGUCGAAACAAUCGAGCAACAAUAUCACGUGAUCACCGUGGGGCGUGUUUGAGCUACUUUCAACCAAAACAAGUCGGUGUGGACAAACAUGGCGGACUCGGCUCUCCCUCCAGCUAAAAGCCAUCGGAAAAGAAAAGGAAAGCCUGCCUAGUGCGUGUUACUGCAAGAUCGAGCGAGGUUAGAGGAUGUAUCAUUUUUGUGGACAGAUAACUAAAUCAUUCUAGCUAGCGCUUAGCUAUCUUAGCCUUAGAGUGCAUGGGCUCAACUCCACGGUAGCGAGUAUGGAGUUACACACCAAAUAUUUUGAUCUUACAGGGAAAGAAACGAGAACACAAAAGCAGGAACAGAGAAAAGAUAUAAAUAUUCAUCUUUUGUUUCACGGAUCUAUUUGCGAACGUCAAUCACAAAUUACAACCCUGAGACUCAAAACUCUCCGAGGUCGAUGCAGAGUCACGAUGUUUUCCGCAUAUCACCAUCUUGGUGUGAUGCAGUUCCAUAGUUAAGCUAAUUAGUUAAAGCUCCUCACAUUCAGCUGUUUCCGUAGGGCCAUACUGUUUACCUCAAGAGGGAGGAAAACGGUCCCAAAACGGAGAAAAGCGACCCUCAGCACAUCAAACUGAUCACAUCCCGUCCACAUGAUAUUGUUCUCACGGGACAGAGGAAAACGUCAUACACAAUAAAACAUAAAACAUUUCACAUUACUUUGCAGUCAGUACCUUUAACCUGUAGAAGAUUUAUUUUGUAAUAAUAUUUUGUGAAUAAAACUCAUUUUUAGUUGUGUUGCGUCAGACAGAA